AUGGUUAACAAGUGGACCCCAGAGCUGGAUUCGAUCCUCGUGCGGUGUGUCUUCGAGGAGUGCAACGUCUCUUUCAGCAAGGGACUAUGCGCAAAGAUCGCGGAGCGCGUCACGGCCGCUGGCAUGGAGUGCACUCCCAAGGCCAUUGAGAACCGCCUCUACUCUUGGAAGAGGAAGGCCACCUCCAGCGGCUCUGGUAUCAACUCCUCUGCUUCCACGCCCGUCAAGAAGCCAGCCGCCGCCCCCGCUACUUCCAAGGCAGCUGCUUCGCGCACCAAGGGCAAGGGCAAGAAGGUCAAUGACGGUGAUAGCCCUGAGGGUCUCGUCGACGAUGAGGAAGCCAUGCGUCAAGCUCGCGACGUCACCUCCUCCGCACCCACUUCUGCCGCCGCUGCCAAGAAGGGCAAGGCUAAAGCUGUCGCAAAGCCCAAGCCCAAGGGCAAGCGCGCCGCCAAGAGGGAACCAGAGUACGAAGACGAGUCUUCUUCUGCUGAUGAGGAGGCUACUGUCCACGUGAGCAAGAAGGUCAAGAAGGAGGAAGACGUCUUUGACGAAGAUCACUUCCCCCAGUACGAAAUAGAGGACGACGAUGGAGAGUUUGAUUCGGAAUGA